AUGGACCCGCGGCGCAGGCAGGCUGCUCUCUCCUUCCUAACGAAUAUCUCACUGGACGGGCGGCCGGUGUUGCAGGGCGAGGAGGGCGGCGAAGAAAGCGACGUCGGCGCGGCAGCCGCCGCAAGGACUGCUUCUGCUGCAGCCUGCGGUAUCAGCAGCGGCAGCAGCACGCGGACUCGUCGGGGCAACCUGAGCGCUUUCCAGCCGCCCGCCCCGCAGCAGUACGGAGCUUAUGCCAGCGCCUGCGGUGGCGGCGGCGGCAGCAGCAGCAGCAACGUCAAGCUCGUGAGCCCCCUGGGAGCGGCUGGCCAGCCGCAGCAGGGCGAAGACGACGAGCAGGAGGAGGACGAGGACGAAGAUGCUUUUACUAGCGUGCAGGUGCCCAUUGCCGCCGCCGCCGCCCUCCCGGUCUCCUCUGGGACCCCCUGUGCAAGGGGUCGCCUCAACUCUUUCACUCAGGGAAUCCUGCCCGUCUCCUUCGCCAGAACCGCCCCACAGAACUAUUGCUGCGUCGAGCAAGGCCCGGUGGGCGCCAGCGCUUUUGAGCUGCAGAGGUCCAGACGUCGGCUAAUUUCCCAGAGAUCUUCAUUGGAGACUUUGGAAGACAUUGAGGAAAAUGCUCCCUUAAGGAGAUGCCGGACUCUGUCAGGCUCACCCAGACCAAAGAACUUUAAGAAGAUUCAUUUCAUCAAGAACAUGCGGCAAAAUGAUACGAGAAGUGGCAGAGAUAUGAAAACAGAAGGUGGAAGGCAAUGUCAUUCUACUGCAGGUGUUUGCUUGAAAGAUAUAGUUGGCCUUGAAGGUGUGGAAUUAGGAGCUAAUGGAAAGACUGUUUCUUAUACUCAGUUUCUCUUUCCAACCAAUGCAUUGGGGGCACGGAGAAACACGAUAGACUCGACCUCAUCCUUUUCACAAUUUCGUAAUGCAAGCCAUCGUAGCCUUUCAUUGGGAAGAGCUAAUAGCACCCAAGGGAGCAUUGAUACAGGCAGUGACUUGGGAGAUUAUACUGAAUACAACCCUGAUCUUCUAGAUGAUCCUCAGUGGCCAUGUGGGAAGCACAAGCGGGUGCUGAUAUUUCCUUCCUAUAUGACUACAGUCAUUGAUUAUGUGAAGCCAUCGGACCUUAAGAAAGAUAUGAAUGAGACCUUCAAGGAAAAGUUUCCUUACAUCAAGUUGACACUCAGUAAAAUAAGAAGCUUGAAGCGAGAAAUGCGCAAACUAGCUCAAGAAGAGUGUGGGUUUGAGGAGCCUACUGUGGCUAUGGCCUUUGUCUAUUUUGAAAAGCUUGCUCUCAAGGGAAAACUCAACAAACAAAACAGAAAGCUCUGUGCUGGAGCAUGCGUCUUACUAGCUGCCAAAAUUGGCAGUGACAUCAAAAAGCAUGAAGUCAGGCAUCUUAUAGAUAAACUGGAAGAAAAGUUCCGCUUGAAUAGGCGAGAGUUGAUUGCCUUUGAGUUCCCGGUGUUAGUGGCCUUGGAAUUUGCUCUUCAUCUACCGGAACACGAAGUGAUGCCACAUUACAGACGUUUGAUCCAGAAUUCCUAGCACAGGCUACCCUUCCAAGAAGGGGGAGGGGUUUAAAAACGAUUGUCUAUUUUGCUCAGAAGAGCAGCAAGUUACUACUGAAAAUGCAAAAAAAAGAAAAAAAUGGGAUGCAGAUGCCCCAGUGCCCUUUCUUCUCUUUUCAAUGCAGCUUUUCAACCAGAUAGUAGGAAUAAAACAGUGAAUUCCUUAAGACUUCUCAGGCUAGAUGAACUGUUUAACUACUAAGUGCAAAUGUUGAAUGAGUUCGCAUGUGAGUGGACAGUGGGUGAAACAUUCAUACAAUAGUUUGUGGACCAAAAGAGAACUUCACUGGGUUGCCCAAAUAAUUCACGAAAGAACAAGGAGUAUUAGCACCUUUCUUUUACACUUUAAAAAAAAAUGAUCCUGUUGACCCACUUGGAACUGGAUGCUUUUCCUACUAGAACUGAUGUUCACCUAAAGAAUGGAUCCAAAACCAAUGAUGGGUUGUGAUUGAUAUUGUCACUGUGUCAACAAUGUGCCAAUCUAUUUUUGUAACUGUUAUUGAAAGUGCACUUUUCCUGGUGGGUGGGUAGACUGUUCAGUUGUGUAUAAAAUAUUGGACAGAUUUGGAACCCAGUGGCAGCCUUGAAUCAUUGCAGUGAUAUUGUUUACUAAAGACCAGAGGACAACUUUUUUCUGUUUGCUUUACAAAAACUACUGGAAGAGAGACACAUGGCUUCAUUAGAAUAAGCUCAGAUAGUAUUUUGCAAUUCCUGAUUAUUUGAUUACCCCAACGCUAACUUUUUUUUCAAGUUCAUAGUACUUUAAAAAAGAUACAUGUACAAGAAACAAAUAACUGAUCUUAUGUUUUCACCUUUGUAUGUGAUGCCAUUCAGACAUUCAAAACAAAGAUGCUGUUAUAUGAGGAUCUUGUUUUAGGCCACAUGCAAAUUUAUAAUCACUGCACUUUCCCCUAUGUGUAGAUGGUUAGAUUUGCACUUGGUAAUGUUGGUAAUUUGUACUCUAUGUUAGAGUGCAUUCCAAGUUACAUUGAUGAUGCUCUAUGUUUAAGCAGUGUUUUAUAAAACAAAGUUGUACUGCCGAGGGCAUAUUCAGCAGCAGCCUUGGGCCCUCAUAGUAGAUGCAUACCUAAUGUAAGAAUUUUUUAUUGUUGAACAAUUAUUGUUUUCAUUAGAAAUGACUGUAUAAAAUCAAAUUUAAAUUAGGGGCCAUUAAAAUUGCCACUUUUUCA